UAUAACUCGGCCCCGUCGUCAGCCCAAAACCUAUUUGUCUCAAGCUUGCGAUUCUAUCCCCCUUGACUCAUUCGCUUCGUCUUCUCCAAUCUCUGAGUUUUCCACGUUUCGCGUUACCAUAGGCACUUAUGAUCAAUCAAUGAUCUUUAAAAUCUUCGUCAAUGUUUCGUUCCACCUCUCUUUGAUUCUUCAUCCUUAAAAUCCAGACGUUUCAUAAUUUUAUCAACCACUUUCUAUAAAUUUAGGGCCAUAAACACAAACCCUCACCCCCAACACCUCCCCAAACCAAGUUUUUUCAGUUCUUACCUUUCUACUCUCUAUUUCCGUCAUGGUUAACCUCGAUUUUGUCGUUUUCCCAAGAGGUUGUCCGGCGACUCAUCCUUCACUGGGAUCAUUAUUAGGUUUUUAAUCUCUCUUGCCUGUUCAAUUGCUAUUAAUCUCAUACCAACAGCUUCUCGCAGAUAAACAUGAUAAUUAGUUAACUCCCUUUUGGAUUUUCAGAAUUAUUAUCAUUCUCUACAAAUCAAUCCUUACUUUCCUUUUUUUCUGUCACGUUUGAUACCUCUUAUGAGUUUUUGAUUAUCAAUAAACUUAACAAGCUGUUUCGUUCUAAAUAUAUGUAGUAAACCCCAUCAUCUAACUUCGUUGAUUAUUCACAUAUUUCUACUUUUUGUUUUUGUUUUUGUUUUGACUCUAAUGAUUGUUGUUGUUGAUUUAACGCUAUGGACGAUGGACAAAAGUUAAAAAGACAUUAAUCAGCAACGUUAUCUGGUCGUCUUCUUCUUUGUCCUUUUCAGCUUUCUCCUGUUUGUGAAUCUGAUUGAAAGAAGGUCAGGAGGUAUUGCAGAAGAAUACAGGAAGAACAUGAUGAAGGAUGAGCCAUUACCUGAACCAAUUAAAGAUCUUCUCAACAAUCCAUUUAGGACAGGACAAGAGAGAGCUUUUGGAUGGAGAAGACAAGCGGGAAUAAAUAUUGGAUAUCAGUGAGGAAGCUGGAGCGUUGGCCACGGCUUAGGGAGCCAAGAGCUUGAACUCAAGUUUCAAGUAAACUAACGCUCUUCAGGAUUUUUUAAAGCCGGUUGUGGUUGUGGUUGUUAAAGACAAGAGUGAUGGUAAGAACUAAGAAGUAAAAGAAAGCUAGAAAGCUAAGGAAGAAGAUGAAGAUCAAUGAAAGCUGGUGGUUGGGUAAAUGAGGAUGAGAACGAAGCAAAGAAAGAAACCGAAGGCGAGGUUGAAGAAGUGGAUGAGGAGAAGGAGAAGGAGAAGGAGAAGGACGGUAAAAAGAAGAAGAAAAUCAAAGAAGUCUCUCACGAGUGGGAACUCAUCAACAAGCAGAAACCAAUCUGGUUGAGGAAGCCGGAAGAGAUUCGCAAGGACGAGUAUGCUUCCUUCUACAAGAGCCUGACCAACGACUGGGAGGAUCAUCUCGCUGUGAAGCAUUUCUCUGUGGAGGGCCAGCUUGAAUUCAAGGCGAUUCUCUUUGUUCCAAAGAGAGCUCCGUUCGAUCUCUUCGACACCAGAAAGAAGUUGAACAACAUCAAGUUGUAUGUCAGGAGAGUGUUCAUUAUGAACAACUGCGAAGAGUUGAUCCCUGAGUACCUCAGCUUCGUCAAAGGUGUUGUUGACUCUGAUGACUUGCCACUCAACAUCUCUCGUGAGACUCUCCAGCAGAACAAGAUCCUUAAGGUGAUCAGAAAGAACCUGGUGAAGAAGUGCAUUGAGAUGUUCAACGAGAUUGCCGAGAACAAAGAAGACUACAACAAGUUCUACGAGGCUUUCUCCAAGAAUCUGAAAUUGGGUAUCCAUGAGGACAGUCAGAACAGGUCAAAGAUUGCUGAUCUUCUUCGCUACCACUCAACAAAGAGCGGUGAUGAAAUGACGAGCUUGAAAGACUACGUCACAAGGAUGAAGGAAGGUCAGAAGGACAUCUUCUACAUCACUGGCGAAAGCAAGAAGGCGGUAGAGAACUCUCCCUUCUUGGAGAAGCUGAAGAAGAGAGGAUACGAAGUUCUGUACAUGGUGGAUGCGAUCGAUGAAUACGCUGUUGGACAUUUGAGGUCUCAUAAGGGAAGUAACUAUAAAAUGAUUUCCACCUCCUGGAUUAUUUGUUGAGGCUGGAGGAGUUGUGAUAACCGAACUCUGUUUUUGUAUUCUUUGGUGGUGGAGAAAAGAAAAAUAUUAAGAGAUUUUGUUUGAUACACUAAGCGUUCAGAUUCUAGACUCUUCUUAUAUAGAGUAAAAUUUAGGAACAGAGUUCUUAAACAGAGUAAUUUCAAGAAAGUAUAUUUUCUGAUUUUCA